CUUAUCCGAUUCAGCUGGGGCAGGCGACACGUAAGAAGCGCGAGCACAUAGUCCUCGUGCAGUUCACGUGACUCGAGCCGCUGCCUCAUGCCGCUGCCUCACUCUUGUCCGUUGGCUGGCGCCCAGGGUUUCGAAUUCGAGCGCGCGGCCCGUUCAGACUCCACUGCUCAAAUGCGCGGCGUCUCCUGGCGAGAAUCAAGAGAGCUCCGGACGACGAUGGCGCAAGAAGACGAGGUCCCGUCGCGGGGCGCCAACGGGGUCGCGCCGAGGACCUAAUCUGCUCGAGGCUACGGGGAAUUAAGCGCCCGAGGCAGAGGCAGAGGAGGAGGAUCGCGAACGAGGACGAGGUCGAGAUCGUCAGCGCUAGAGGGGCAGCGAUGGGGCGCAGGGUUGGCAUCGUCGCGGCGCUGGUGUGCGCCUUGUUGUGGGGCUGUUGUAUCGAGGCGCAGGCGCUUGGGGGCGGCGCAGGAGAGGAUGGGGCAGGGCGUGGGAGGCUGGGGCUGGACAACGGGCUGGCGCGGACGCCGCCGAUGGGCUGGAACAGCUGGAAUUUCUUCAACUGCUUCAUCGACGAGACGGUGAUCUUCGAGACGGCGAGCGCGCUGGUGUUCACGGGGCUGGCCGACCUCGGCUACAACUACGUCAACAUCGACGACUGCUGGGCCGAGCUGGAGCGCGACGCGCACGGCAACCUGGUGCCGAGGGCGGCGACCUUCCCGUCGGGGAUUAAAGCGCUGGCCGACCACGUCCACGGGCUGGGGUUGAAGCUCGGCAUCUACUCGGACGCGGGCUUCUUGACCUGUCAAAAGCAACCGGGAUCGCUCGGUUACGAGAUUCAGGACGCGCGCACCUUCGCCUCGUGGGAGGUCGAUUACCUCAAGUACGACAACUGCUACAACGACAAGAGCCGCCCCGAGUCCCGGUACCCGGUGAUGCGCAACGCGCUGAACGCGAGCGGGCGCGCCAUCUUCUUCUCCAUGUGCGAGUGGGGCAAGGACGACCCGGCGACCUGGGCUGCCCCCGUGGGCAACAGCUGGCGCACCACGGAGGACAUCCGCGAUACGUGGCGCAGCAUGACGAAGAUCGCCGACGAGAACGAUCGCUGGGCGUCCUUCGCUGGCCCCGGAGGGUGGAACGACCCGGACAUGCUCGAGGUCGGCAAUGGCGGCAUGUCGCUGGACGAGUAUCGAUCGCAUUUCAGCGUCUGGGCUCUCAUGAAGGCCCCUCUGCUCAUCGGCUGCGACGUGCGCAACAUGUCGGCCGAGGUGCUGGCAAUUCUCUCGAAUAAGGAGGUGAUCGACGUGAAUCAGGACUCUCUAGGCGUGCAGGGCCGGCGAGUUCUCAGAUCGCCCGUCUGGUGGCUGGGCAACAAUGUGCAGGUCUGGUCGGGCCCUCUCUCCGGCGAUCGCACUGUGCUUCUGCUUUGGAAUCGGAGCAAGAAGGCCUUCAACAUCAAGGCCUCGUGGUCCGACAUCGGCCUCCCGAGUGGCACCCCCGUCACCGUCCGGGAUCUGUGGAAGCACGAGACCUGGGACGGCAAUUCGGUCGACGAGAUUGAGGUUAAAGUGCAGGGCCACACGAGCCAGAUGUUCAUCUUGACUCCUCUCUCCCGGACUCCCCGUGUGAGCUCCAGCUGACACUCGCUGCCGGACUCGAACUGGAAUGCGUUUUAGUUCUGCUGCUGCCGCCCUCUUUUAGCACCACUGCUGUAAAAAGUGUUUGCUUUACGUCUGUACAGUGGAUGUAUAUAAGACUGCCCAUAUCAAUCUCAUCACGGAUGUAAAUAAAACUCUCUGAACUUUUUGCACCG